GCCAGCUCAUUGCUCUUACAGCCUGUGAGAGAGGAAGAGAGAAACAUUUGCCAGCCAGGCCAGUGACAGAAAUGGAUUCGAAAUACCAGUGUGUGAAGCUGAAUGAUGGUCACUUCAUGCCUGUCCUGGGAUUUGGCACCUAUGCGCCUCCAGAGGUUCCUAAAAGUAAAGCUCUAGAGGCCGUCAAAUUGGCAAUAGAAGCCGGCUUCCGCCAUAUUGAUUCUGCACAUGUUUACAAUAAUGAGGAGCAGGUUGGACUGGCCAUCCGAAGCAAGAUUGCAGAUGGCAGUGUGAAGAGAGAAGACAUAUUCUACACUUCAAAGCUUUGGAGCAAUUCCCAUCGACCAGAGUUGGUCCGACCAGCCUUGGAAAGGUCACUGAAAAAUCUUCAGUUGGACUAUGUUGACCUCUAUCUUAUACAUUUUCCAGUGUCUGUAAAGGACGACAUAGGGAUUAUAACAUGGAAGAAGAGCCCCAAACCUAACUCCUAAUUCCUUUCUAUGGAAUACAUUUUGAAUCCGUACUUCGUGAUUCAUGUCUACAAGAAAAGAGAGUGCAGAAUCCUCAAAGCCUCUGCCUCAAAAACUUGAGGAAAUGACAAUCAUCUCCUUGAAGGCACAAGGUCUUAGUUAUGACUCCUGAUUUCACCUCUUGGGAUGUUCACAGACACAGAGUUUCAUGAAGCUGUGGUGUCCAGAAAAGCUGCUGCACAUAGGAUGCACAAUGAGUUUCCAUCUUCUUGCCUCUUUUCAAGGUGGGAGAACUCAGUCCGGGAGUGUCUUAAACUACAAACCUUCAGGGGAAACCUUGUUGCUUCUGCUUCCUCUCUUUUCACACUAGAGUUUUUAUUUUUGCUUAGCCAUGAAUUCUUGUGUCAUUCAUAACUUUUGCCUUAAGGUACUGAAAACUAGUCAGGCUAGUUAAUGCAAAAGGGUGUAUUAGAUAUGAUAAUGGGAAAUCCAAGCCAUGGCUACAUUAAGAAUUUGAUAAAAACUCUAAAAAUAUAUCCUUUCUCCAUCCUUAUCCCUGCUUUAUUACAAAAGGCUUUUUAAAUAUUUGUUCCAACCUUUUUCAUUGGUGGCAUUUAUGGCUUUGGAGCACUUUAAGGCCCAUGUUCAUUACUGUGAGCUCUUGUGCAUCUCCUAAUUUCCAAACUAGCCUUGAAAACACCUCCAUUGACUUCAUGAUUGCUUCAUGGUCCUGUUCAUGGAAGAUCACAUGUUCAGGGAGAUAAACAACUCUGAUAGUAGCACCUGGGUCAAAAGUACAAUCCAUUAUACCUGGAUAUCAAGGUCUUUUGCAGUUGAAGAGAGGUAUUGCCACAGAGAAAAUUAUAGGAGCAGAAGAAAGUCAAUGAAAGUCAAUGAUGGCACUCCAUUAGUAACCAGAAAGAUGGUAUUUAUUUAUACAUACAAUAGUUGUAAGAGAUUAGAGGAAGCCUAUCUCCUGAAGACAUUCCUUAUACCUUCAUAUGUAGUACACUUUGUACAUAUCAUUCUCUGGAGCAUUGCAUCACCUACCUCAUGGAGGAUUAGUGUCAUUAAAUGUACCUCAGAGCAUGGCUAUGUGUGGAGAAAUUGACUUGUGACAUCUCUAAACUGACUGCUUC